AGGGAAUAUGCUCUUUCACAUGCAAAGUUGAUAAGCACCGAUUUCCCGAUUUUAUUAGAACACAUGAGCUUUUGGUCUUAGCAGCAGCCUUGUUAGCUCGGUUCUCGUGAGUCGUGAGCCCCGGCGCGUCGUACAAAUCUAAUAAAACCCGGGGAAUCAAAUAACUACUUAGGUACCUCAUACCUAACCUAACGUAACGUUCAUUCCAACUUCCAAAUGUUGGUUACUCUCGUCGAUUUCUCAACUUUACCCUCGCCUUGUCGCUUCGUCGCGACUUAUAAUGGCGGGUGCUGUUUUCCUUUAGUCUCAGCUUCUACGGAUCCAUAGACUAUAAGUUACCUCAUAGUUUGUGCUCCUACGCGCCCUUAUUAACGGCGUCGAUCUUCUAUCGCCGAUGAUCCCGGCCGACGCGAAUAUUAUGAGAUAAUGCUGUCGAUUUUCGAGAUACCCGUAGCCGUACUUUCCCUAUUUCUGGAGGUCUUUCUAUUUUGGUAUAGAAAACUUUGGGGAAGAUGGACGUCGAAAAGCCUGAUGGACGAAUGGCUCGACGCGUUGAGAAAUGCGGUAACAUACGAGGACUGGGAGCAUGCAGCAUUACAGCUGGAUAACCUUAAGGAAUUAAAUCUCUGGCGUAACAACCCCGCGUCUCAUUACUAUGAUUGGAUCCUCAUCAACAAUCGUCUCGAUAGUAUCGCUGAAGCUCGCGAUAAUAAUGAUCUGCAGUCGCUUCUCGAUCUUGUACGCUCUGGCCUGGUUCGCAACCUCGGAAACAUCACGACACCGAGGCUAUACAACCGCGCCUUCGCCGGAACGAAGUACCUGAUCGAAGAGUACAUUGCGCAAGUUGCUGGGGCUAUCAACGACAUCAGCCAGGGCGUUGUUACGCCCCCUGAUAAUAAGUACAAUCCCACGCAUACCCUCACGACCCAACGAAAGCUCGAUUUUCUACACGACUCGAGACAGGCCUUCGGUCGAAGUACUCUGGUGCUACAAGGCGGUGCUAUAUUUGGACUGUGUCAUCUAGGAGUCGUCAAGGCAUUAUUCUUACGGGGAUUACUACCGCGCAUCAUCACGGGUACCGCGACCGGCGCGCUCAUUGCAAGUCUAGUAGCUAUCCAUACUGAAGACGAGCUUCCCCAAGUGCUGAGGGGAGAAGGUAUUGACUUAUCGGCCUUCGUGACGCAUAUGCAACAACUGCAUGAUGAUAAGUACAGCUGGAGCUGGGCACCAUCCUUUAGUACGUUGUUGCGGAGGAUUAUGAGGUUUUGGCGCGAAGGCUACUUCCUCGAUGUUAAUGUCUUAGAGGAAUGUGUCAAGGAUAACCUUGGAGACCUAACGUUCGAGGAAGCAUAUCACAGAAGCAAACGUGUCUUGAAUAUCACAGUGGCUACGGCAGAACAAGAGGGAAGUCAUGCGUUGCUAAACUAUAUUACGGCGCCCAAUGUGCUGAUUCGGACCGCGGCAGUCGCAUCUAACGCGUCAACUCCGUCACUCUACGGAAGCCGUCGGACGACUGUGCUAUGCAAAGAUGUAAAUGGUAGAAUCGUGCCUUGGGCGCCAGCAAAUGCCUUCCGUUCAGGUACACAUGCAUCGGCCAAGGAUCACAAAUCGCCGCUGUCGCGUGUUGCUCAGCUCUUCAACGUCAACCACUUCAUAAUUAGCCAAGCUCGGCCUUACCUUAUCCCCUUUCUUGAAUCGGACAUGCAUGGCCCAUCGCUCUUCACGGCUCGGUAUAAGCGCGCGCGGGUGACUGGCCACCUGUUCAGAGUAGUCGGCUUGGAGAUUCGCCACCGUCUACAUCAGUUAGACACGCUUGGCCUGCUGCCGGCCGGCAUCCGCAAGUUCUUGGUAGAUGAGGAAGUCCCGUCGGGAUCGAGUAUGACCCUCGUGCCUGACGUAACAGCGCGGGACUUCGUACGCCUACUCGAAAUCCCAACACGCGAGACUAUAGACUACUGGAUACUGCGCGGGGAGCGCAGCGUGUGGCCGGCAGUUUGCGCGCUAACCGUCAGAUGCGCAGUUGAGCACGAGAUCGAGAUCGCAUACCAACACGCACGCAGCUUGAAAGCCGGGGGUCUGAGGCGAAGGGCGAGCACGGGGGGUAUACCACCGCCGACAGGCCCCAUUGACGCGAAGACGAUUGCGCCUGGUGUGCUACCACGAUCCGAAGGAGUUUCGAAGAACGCGGCUGCAGACUAAGGAACCUCGCGCGAUCCCUGCCUGCAGCUCACAGUGGCCGAGAGGACGAGUACGAGCUGGCUGAGACUUGGGUGCAGCAGCAGUAGUUCGGUUGACCGAGGAAAAAAAAAAAAAAGGGGAUGGAACAAAAAGUGCCAAGUCUGCCUUGAGGCGCUGAUGCAACUAGCACACGGGCAAGGUAAGUCAUCUGAAAAGAUGCUGGCGGAAUGCGGUAUGCGUCCCAGCGGCGCAGAAUGUCUGUGCCGGAAAUAAAAGGGGAGGAAAGGGUGGUGGUUCCUCGGGCAGCAGCAGCAGCAGCAAGAGGAGGAGGAGCAAGAGGUGGAGUCAACAAGCAGCAAGCUUCGGCUGUAGGUGAAAUGAAUACAAAUCAAAGACUACGACAAACGGAAAUAUAGACGCAUCGAUUGGUAGACUCGGUGCUGGCUUGCUGCAUGGGUACGCCAUGGGUACGCCAUGGGUACGCACGCCGCGCAGAACUAAGAGGCGCAUGUAGCUUUAGAUUAGGUUAGGUGCCUCAUAUCCUAAAUGCAUAGAAACCAAAAAGAAACAAGAACAAGGGCCAGGAUAAUUUUCGAGAAGCUUGCCGUUUCUGA